UCGCCAGGUUGUUUGGUGGCAUCCCCCAUGUGACAACCCCUGACAACCCUCGCAAUUGGUGCGGGGGUAUAAGAAGGACCUAGCUUCGACGCCUACCCACCUCUGGCCCAACAUGAAACUCCUCACCUCGGUAAUAGUUGCUCUGACAGCGGCGCUCGUUAGUUGCAGCCCUAUCGAGAUUGAGGCGCUCGCAACGCAUUCGUGUGUCUGCGGCACGAAAUCGUUCACCAACGCAGACAUUGUGGGCGCCGUUAACAAAGGAUAUACGACCAAUCCGAACCCGACAACGUCCUCAGGGGCGUAUCCCCAUGGAUUCCAUAACAGUCCCGAGAACUUUUCGUUCCCUUGGUGUUCCGGUGGGAAUUAUGUCGAAUUCCCUCUCAAGACUUUGCCUGCCUACACUCCUGGGAACGCGCCUGGUGCCGACCGCGUCAUCUAUCAAACUGGGUCAGCGAAGACGUUCUGCGGGUGCAUCACACACACCGGGGCGUCGGGUAACGGAUUUGUGCUUUGCAAAAAUUCGUAACCUUUCUAAAUUCCCAAUAAAUUCCUGUAUGCACACCAACGAUUUUUAUCGAGAUGUAUUGUAUAA